GAAAAGUUAACUCAAAAAAUCAUAGCGACCAAUAAUUUCUUCAAUUUAAAAGGACUUUCCCCAGCCUAUAAAACCAACAUAACGUGUAGAACAAAAACAAUCUACCCACUCCGCCUCUUCAUUCUCUCCAAUUCCAGCCGCUAGGGUUUUUGAGUGAAACGAUGUCGUUGAGACCCAACGCGAGGACCGAGGUUCGUCGGAACCGCUACAAAGUCGCCGUCGAUGCCGAUGAAGGUCGGCGCCGGCGAGAGGACAAUAUGAUCGAGAUCCGGAAGAAUAAGCGGGAAGAGAGCUUGCUUAAGAAGCGUCGAGAAGGCCUUCAGGCAAAUCAGUUCCCUCAAGCUCCUGUCGUUGAGAAGAAGUUGCAAUUGGAGAGUAUUCCUGGUAUGGUUGCCGGGGUGUGGUCCGAUGAUAGUAAUAUGCAGCUGGAGGCAACCACUCACUUCCGAAAAUUACUUUCAAUAGAGCGGAGCCCUCCAAUCGAGGAAGUCAUUCAAUCUGGAGUUGUUCCACGUUUUGUGGAGUUUCUCAUGAGGGAAGACUACCCACAACUACAGUUUGAGGCUGCAUGGGCUCUCACAAAUAUUGCUUCUGGAACCUCUGAAAAUACCAAAGUGGUGAUUGACCACGGUGCUAUUCCUAUCUUUGUGAAGCUUCUUGGUUCUCCAAGUGAUGAUGUUCGGGAGCAGGCUGUUUGGGCAUUGGGAAAUGUGGCUGGUGACUCUCCUCGAUGUCGUGAUCUUGUCCUUGCUAGUGGUGCUUUGCCGCCUUUGCUGGCUCAGUUGAAUGAGCACGCAAAACUUUCUAUGCUAAGAAAUGCUACCUGGACGUUAUCGAAUUUUUGCCGUGGCAAGCCACAACCUCCUUUUGAGCAGACUAGGCCAGCACUUCCUGCUCUCCAGCGCCUUGUUCAUUCUAAUGACGAAGAGGUGCUGACAGAUGCAUGCUGGGCUCUAUCAUAUCUCUCUGAUGGUACUAAUGAUAAAAUUCAAGCUGUCAUCGAUGCAGGUGUCUGUCAACGUCUUGUUGAGCUUCUUCUUCAUCCUUCACCAUCGGUUCUUAUUCCUGCACUUCGAACUGUGGGGAACAUUGUGACAGGGGAUGAUGUCCAGACUCAGUGCAUUAUUAACUUUGGUGCUCUGCCUUGCCUGCUGAGCUUGUUGACCCAUAAUCAUAAAAAAAGCAUUAAGAAGGAAGCUUGCUGGACGAUUUCAAACAUUACUGCUGGGAACAAAGAACAGAUACAGGCUGUAAUUCUGGCGGGGUUAUUUGGGCCUCUGGUUAACCUUCUUCAAAAUGCUGAAUUUGACAUUAAGAAAGAGGCAGCAUGGGCAAUUUCAAAUGCCACUUCCGGUGGUAGCCAUGAUCAAAUCAAGUUUCUGGUGAACCAGAGCUGUAUCAAGCCUUUGUGUGAUCUACUAGUCUGCCCUGAUCCUAGGAUUGUUACUGUCUGUUUGGAAGGACUGGAAAACAUCUUAAAGGUAGGAGAAGCUGAGAAGAAUUUGGGAAAUAGUGGAGAAGUCAACUAUUAUGCUCAACUAAUUGAUGAAGCUGAGGGGCUUGAAAAAAUAGAGAACCUGCAGAGUCAUGACAAUAACGAAAUAUAUGAGAAGGCUGUUAAGAUUCUGGAGACAUACUGGCUGGAAGAGGAAGAUGAGACUCUUCCAACUGGUGAUGGCAAUCAAGCUGGAUUCAACUUAGGAGGGGCUGAUGGAAACCUUCCAUCGGGAGGUUUUAAUUUUGGUUAAGGGGCUUACUUUCUGUGUGGGGAAGGUUGUCGAAGUAAGCAAGGUCUAGUAUGGCGUCGCGUCAGGUCAGGACCAGUCCGGUUGGGUCAGGUCGGGUCAAAGCACCACAUUGUGUCUUGUUGUCAUCUAACACAGCUGUUGUUGUGGCUAAAGAUGAGCCGAGGUCGGUCAAGGUUUAAUAGAACGUGGUGAAAUAAAUUUGGGGGGAGGGGGGUUGGGGUAAUUGUGUCAAGAGGCAUAUAUGUCUUGAGUUGAAUGUUUUACAACCAAGUUUCAAGUUGGUUAUUGUAACUUGAGUAAAGGUUGGGUCAAACCGGAGUUUUGUUCUUAGUUCUUGGUCUGUUACAUAGUCCGGCAUUGGCCGGGGGUGGAUGGUGUAUACUCUUGUCUUACGUAUUGUGGGAUGAUGAAAGAUUAAUUGUGUGAUGUGUUACCCUUUAUAUAUAUAUAUGAUUUGAAACUGCUUUCUUUUA